AUGAGUGGUGGUAGUAAGGAUUAUAGGCUUGAGAAGUGGUGUUAGACGAAGUUUUAGAGGAAUUUUGGGUGGUGGUUUAUUAGGUUUGGAAGAAUAUAGGUAAUGGAAAUAACUUACAUUCAGCUGUGGAUAUAGAGACAGAAUUAAGUAAUAAUGGGAUGGAUACUCCGCAAAGUCUUAAAUUAGAAAAACCAAGAGCUAAGCCUGUGUUGGAAAUGAUGAAAAAGUUGUAUAUCCCUGAAUUCACAGCUCCAAGUGACUCUUCUAAAGGAUCAAUAACUUAUCAAAAGAAUAAAACUGUCAAGAUCAAGAAAAAUCUAAAUUUGAAUCGUGAGAUUAUGAUUCGAGAGAUGUUUAAAAACCAGAUUAAAAGACAAAAGGCUGCUGAAGAAGUUGAUCAAGCCUUGAAAGCUGGUCUGGGUAUUUUAAGAGAACAGAGACUUGAAUCGCAUGAAGAACUUAAUAGGACAGGAAAUAUUCCAAGCUAUCACAGAAAGAAACUUAUGAGAAACACCAUCUAUAAUCCGAAUCUGGAUCGCCAUAGUUUGUGAGGAUCUUCUAGGACCAACCCUAAACGAUUUUCAGGAGUUACUGGGAUUAAUACUUAUCUAUAUGAAGUUAAUGCUAAUCCCAUGAAAGAAUUACUAAAAUCUUCAGUUCAUAAGCGGAGGAAGAAGCUCUUCAGUACUAUAAACAGCUGCUUCAGGUCAACUGCUAGAAGCAAGAUUGAGCAAAAGCGUAGGUAUAAAAGUAAAAAUUUACCUCAGAAAAAGUUUAAUUAUUCUUCCAAGAUAUCAUCUGAUAAUUCUCAAAAUAUGUCUAACUAUAACUAACUUGCCAGAGGAAAUUAGUUCUAAGGCUACAACAAAUGCUGACCUAGCAUUUAAAAAGAAGUUUUCCUUGAAGAAUGCCACAGACUUGAGGGAUUUACCUCCUAAUAUGAGGAAAUAAUGUGGCUAAUCGGAUAAAAACUGUUCUGAAUAAUCGUGCAUCUAGAAAAAGGAGCAAACCACCUUAUAAUAAUUUUGCUAAAGCUAAUAGAGAUUCCAUAGCCUUUAGAAUAAUGUCUAGGCUCCGAGAAUGGCCAAUGAAAGAACAACAGACGACUAAGAACAUUACGAAAUUUUAUUGGACAAAGGAUUUCUCUCAAUGUGCGUUUGCUAAGGACGA